AUGAGCAGUGCAACGGCCUCCUCCAUCACGCUCAAGGGCAGCGUCGCGAUCGUCACAGAGUUCUUCAACUACAGCAUAAACUCCAUCCUGUACCAGCGCGGCAUCUACCCUCCCGAGACGUUCCGACGCGUGUCAAAGUACGGUCUCACCAUGCUGGUCACCAGCGACGACGCGCUCCCUCCCACCGCUUCGGGGUACCUGGACAACGUGCUGACGCAGCUGUCUUCGUGGCUGAGCGACGGCACCGUGCAGAAGCUCGUGGUCGUCGUGAGCGCGAUUGCGACCGGCGAGACGCUGGAGCGGUGGGUGUUCGACGUGCACACGGACGCGGGCGCGGGCGCGGAGGGCGGCGCGAACAAGAGCGAGAAGGAGGUCAUGGGCGAGAUCCAGGCAGCCAUCAUGCGCCAGAUCACAGCCUCGGUCACGUUUCUCCCGCUGCUGGACGACGCGUGCUCGUUUGACCUGCUCGUCUACACGACGGACGACGUGGAGGUGCCGCGCGCGUGGGAGGAGUCGGACCCGAAGCACAUCGCAACGUCGGACGAGGUCAAGCUGCGCUCCUUCACCACUCGCAUACACCGAGUCGACGCGUGCGUGUCCUAUAAGGCGGACGCGUGA